AGCUGUUUUUUCCAAUGAUAAAGGUCGCGUUCUUCGAGGCACCAGAUAUCGCCGGCGAUCCCCCACAUCGCCGCCGGCAAUAACGACACACUUAUUCUCACCGGCGGCGGAACAACCAUCCUCGUGGAAACCCAAUUCCCUCACCUCUCUCAAAUCUCUCCCACAAGCUCCUCACUCUCUCUGCUUCACACUAUUCCCACUUUCCCACUUCAAUACCCGUUUUCGCGUUUCGUCGAUUCCCCUUUACUCAUUUGCCACAAAAACCAGAAUAUGCUUAUUGCUCCCCUUUAUUCCAUCCCAAAAGGAAAAAAAAAAUUGGUAUUUUAAUUUUAAUUUUAAUUAUUUAUUUAUAUUUUCCCCUAUCUCUACAUUUAGCGUUUGCUUUGCUUAAAAUUGGAAUCUGAUCCACGAAAUAACCAAAUAAGCAUCAAUUUUCAAUUUUUCAUUACCCCAACAUUGUUGUGUUGUGUUAUGCUUGUUAUCUAAAGAAUGGGGUUGGACCCAAAGAGGAGCAAGAACAUUAGUGACAUGGAAUUAAGAUCAAAAUGUUGCAACCCAGUGAAGAAGCCUGGACCAGUGACAAUGGAUCAUGUGUUGCUGGCUUCACAAGAGAGCAAGGAAGAGAGGGAGUUGAGGAUUCGUGGUCUUUUUGGUUUCUUUGAUAAGGACAAUUGUGGUUCCUUGGAUUAUGCUAUGAUUGAGGCUGGUCUUUCUGCGCUUCAAAUACCCUCUGAGUAUAAGUAUGCAAAGGAUUUGUUGAAUGCUUGUGAUUCAAACAAGGAUGGGAGGGUUGAUUAUCAAGAGUUCAAGAAGUACAUGGAUGGUAAAGAGAUUGAAUUGUACCGCAUAUUUCAAGCUAUUGAUGUUGAGCAUAAUGGGUGUAUUUUGCCGGAGGAGCUCUUUGAGGCACUUGUAAGGGCAGGGAUUCAGAUUGAUGAUGAGGAACUUGCCCGUUUUGUUGAACGUGUUGAUAAGGAUAACAAUGGGGUUAUAACAUUUGGAGAAUGGAGGGAUUUUCUGCUGCUUUACCCUCAUGAGGCAACUAUAGAGAACAUUUACCAUUAUUUGGAGCGGAUAUGCCUGGUGGAUAUUGGGGAACAGACUGUUAUUCCAACAGGCAUUAGUAAGCACAUCCAUGCAAGUAGGUAUCUGAUUGCAGGAGGAGUAGCAGGUGCUGCAUCGCGUACAACAACUGCACCCCUUGAUCGUAUAAAGGUUGUAUUGCAAGUCCAAACAACACAAGCUCGUGUAAUGCCUGCAAUAAAAAAUAUAUGGAAAGAAGGUGGUUUCUUAGGAUUUUUUCGAGGCAAUGGCUUAAAUGUUCUUAAGGUGGCCCCUGAGAGUGCUAUUAAGUUUUAUACCUAUGAGAUGCUGAAGACCUUCAUUGUGAAUGCAAGAGGACAAGAAGCAAAGGCUGAUGUUGGCUCUAUGGGACGGCUUCUAGCUGGUGGUAUAGCUGGUGCUGUAGCUCAAACUGCAAUAUAUCCUCUAGAUCUUAUUAAAACGAGAAUACAAACUUAUUCUUGUGAAGGUGGAAGAGUUCCUAGUCUUAGAACCCUCUCAAAAGAUAUAUGGGUUCAUGAAGGACCCCGCGCAUUUUAUAGGGGUUUGGUUCCUUCUGUUCUGGGGAUUAUCCCAUAUGCGGGCAUAGAUCUUGCUGCAUAUGAAACUUUGAAAGAUAUGUCCAAGAAGUAUAUUCUUCAUGAUGGAGAACCUGGUCCUCUUGUACAACUAGGAUGUGGGACAGUAUCAGGAGCCCUUGGAGCAACCUGUGUUUACCCAUUGCAGGUUGUUAGAACACGAAUGCAGGCUCAACGUGCUUAUAAGGGAAUGGCUGAUGUAUUCAGGAGAACCUUUGAACAUGAAGGUUUUAGAGGAUUCUACAAAGGGUUAUUUCCUAACCUACUCAAAGUUGUUCCAUCUGCUAGUAUCACUUAUAUGGUAUAUGAGAAUAUGAAAAAGAGCUUGGAUUUGGAGUGAAGAACUUUGCUUCUUCAUUUGAUAAUUAUAGUCUGAUUGACAUGGCUGACUAUUGGCAAUUACUGGAGUGGUUUUGCGAUGAGACAUUGAUGACAAGAAUAAAGUCCCCUAUUGAUUUUUAUGACAAUUGUUUACAAUCAUUAUUAAAUAACAUCACUUUCUUCAAUAUUCUUGGAGGACAAAAUUGGUUUGUCCUGCAUGCUGCUUCAUUAAACUAAUAUGUAUGAAGCCUCAUAUACAUGAGCAGAUUUUGUUGUAUGCUAGAGUUUACACGAAACAUAUUUAGGAUCAGAUUUUGUAAUAUGUAGUGGCUCAGAUUGAUAAUCUUACUCUUACCAGUGUUUCUUCUAUUUGUUGGACUUCCCAU